CCACUAAUAGUUCAUUUCCAUGAGUUCGAAAUCAUUUUGGUCACUUGACCCACUCACUCUUCCGCACUGCAUCUUCACCAAAUCCCAAGCUCCAACUCGUCACCGCACCGCUCCGCUCUGAUCCUGCGGAGGUGGAUUUCUCCGUUGCCUUCACCGCCGUCUAAAUCGGCUGCACUUCCUGGAUUUUUGUCCAGAGGGCUGUCCAUUGAAGAAGGGGAACUGCUACUAAAGAGGAGUGUUGAAUUGGCAGUUGGAGCCCGUGACAGUUUCUGGAAUUUAGCUGAAAGAAAUCCUAGUAAUAAAUAUAGACAAGCUUUGGUUACAGCCUCUAUCGGAAGCUAGGCGCUUACCUUGCUGAUGGCUCAAAGACAGGUGCUUUUGCACUCCUUAACCAUUGACACUUUACUUUAGAUCAGCCAAGUCUUUCUGUGACAGCAAAUUACAUAAGAACUAACCAGACUGCGAAACAAGAGACUUAUUGACUUAUUUGGGAAAAAAUGACAGAAAUCCUUAGCUACACCGCUUGCAGACAGUUAUCUCAGAUGUUCGUUGCGAUAAUCUUCUUUCACGGUUCUGAAUAUUUUCUAGCAGUUCGAAUUCAUGGGAGAUCGAGUGUAACGCUGAAGUCCCUUUUAGUUAGCAAACACUAUCUUUUGGCAAUGAUGUUUUCAUUGCUGGAAUACUGUAUUGAAGUUGUUUUAUUUCCUGAGCUAAAGGAACACUGGGUUAUCAGUGAUUUGGGCCUGGCGCUGGUUGUGAUUGGGGAAAUUAUGAGAAAGAUGUCAAUUAUAACUGCAGGGAAGUCCUUUACUCAUCUUAUUAGGGUUCAUCAUGAUGACAAUCACCAGCUAAUCACUCAUGGUAUUUAUAGAUUUAUUCGUCAUCCGGGAUAUUGCGGUUUCUUCAUUUGGUCUGUUGGCACACAAAUAAUGCUCUUCAAUCCCAUAUCAACUAUUGGAUUUGCAGUUGUUGUCUGGAACUUUUUUGCUAAGCGAAUACCGUAUGAGGAAUACUUUUUGAGACAGUUCUUUCGAGCACAGUAUGAGGAAUACGCCCGAAAAGUUGUUUCUGGUGUGCCAUUUGUAAAUUGAGAACAAGUUAAGCCGGUAUAAGCUGAACUAAACCCUGUCACAUCCAUUCCAAAUAAUCAAAAAGUUUGAACCGCGCUUGUCUGGAACAACUUUGAGAUGUGCUUCACAUUGCUGGAGAUAUAAAGUGCAUGCUUGCAGAUUGUCCUCUUAGAUACCAGAUAAAACACAGACCCUGUAAGAAGUGAUGGAACAAUUUUGGGAAAUCACAGUGGUUAUGGUUGGACUGUUGGAGAGAGAGAGAUGAAGGGUCCACCAACAGCCAUUACCACAAUUGGAUCUUCUAUUCAGGUACUAGAUUUAGUUAUCAAAUAUGAAUUUUUGUAAUCUCUGAGAUUAAUCAGUAUGCAAUUUUAUAGACAAUACUGAUUAGAACCAUCUUCUAAUCAUGGCACACCUUCAACCAUCUUCUAAUCAUGGCACGCCUUCAACCAAUCUUCCUCUUGUGAUAAGAGAACAAUGCUACUGUUUACUUCUGAUGCUUUAACAUAAAGACUUUCUAUCUUUUAGCUUAA